AUGCGCUAUGGAUAUUGUGUAAUUGAUGCUAUUAAAUAUGACUUAAUUGACUUUUGUAAAAGUGAUUAUGAGCCUGUUUGUAUAUCUUAAGAUAGAAAAAGCUGUAUAAAAGUUUAAAAAAGUGAUCACAUAGUAGCUAUAUUACAUUCAGGAAAUGUCUGUAUAGGUUAGAAUGAAUUUACAUCUAAUUUUAAUUCACCGCAAAAAUUGAAGUUUAUCAAACAAGGCUUUUGUUAGGAUUUGUAUGGUCGAAUUAAAUUAGGUCAAGUAAAAUAAAAUACAUCUGUAUUAUCUUUAUGCAAUUAUUUAGAAGGUGGAUAAUUUAGAAACUGUAGAUAAAAAACAUCAUGUUAUUUAGUGGGUAAAAAUAAAUGCUUAGAUCUAAAUCAAGUGGAUGGAAUUACUUCUCUUGGAGUUUGCGUCUUUUAAAAUUAAUUCUAUCUUCACAAAGUAUAUUGUAAUGAAAGUUUAUGCCAAAUAAAAAACUCAUAGGACUAGUACGCUUGUAUAAAUUAUUAGAAUUCGGACAUUGUUGGAAAGACUGGUGAUAAUUAGUGCAUUUAUCAAGGAUAAUACUUUCCAAAAGAAACUUUGAUAAGCUGCAAACAAUAAUAUUGUAUUUUUGAAGAAGAUUAGAAUAAAAGUUGUUAGAAGAUUGAUGGAACAAAUAAUCCUUAGAUAUAUGGAGUCAGCUAAGAAGGAUUUUGUCUAAUUUAGAUCAGAAAGAAAAAAUAUCCUUUUAUUUUAUAACUAAAUACUUGCCUUUCAUAGUAAUGCUAUUAUGGUAAUUCUUGUGUUAAUUUAUCUUAAUAAUAUCCUGCUAAAUUAAAUGAUAACACCUGUGCAUAGCUAAAUACAUAAAACUCAGUUUAAUGUUACACAUUAUAUCCAGCUUGCUUGUCACCAAACUCUAUAUGCCUGUAAGUGUCAAGCUCGAACUCUAACUCUGUUGGUUUAAGGACAAAUGGAAUGUGUGCUGUAGCAAAUUAAUAUUAUAGUGAUUUGUAAUCAUGUAGCUAAGGUUAUUGUAUUAAAUAAUCUUCUGGAACAAAAGGGUGUUUUCUUUUCGAUGGGUCAGACAGUGCAAUUGGAAUAGAUAAUAAUGGUAAUUGUACUGAUUCUAAUACAAUUGCGAGCAGUUGUUUUAAUUCAUAAAAUAUUUGUAAGGAUCUCCAAACCUCUAAAUGUACUAGAAUUAAUUCAAAUUCUGCCUUUAAUAAUAUUUGUAUUUUAAAUGGGUCUUGCUAUAAAAUGUCAAAAUAAUAAUAUGUUGGUAGAGAUAUUUACUAUUAGUGCUUACAAAAUUAAUAGACAAGUACGAAUACAUUACUAAAUUGCUUUGAUGAUAUUUAAAGUGUAUGCAAAAGAAGUGAUUAUAGGGCAUGUAUAAAUUAUACAUAAGAUUCUACAUAUUUAGGAUAUAUUUCUAGUACAGGAAUUUGUGCAUAACCUGGUGUUCAAAUAUCAACAAGUGGAUUUCAAAGUAUUACCAACUUGAAUCAAAACUAUUGCUAAGAUGAUUCAUACAAAAUCUAGCUUAUAGUUCCUAAUUAUGCAGGAAGAGAUUAGUUAAAUUCAAGGUGUUUAAAAGCUGAUUAAGCAUAAUACCAAAAGGUUGAAUUAUGUGCAAAAGAUUACUGUAUAGCAAAUAAUAGUUGCAAAAUGAUUGGAUUUGAUGGAGUAUUAAUAGCUAAAUUAUCAAACGGUUAGUGUGCAUAAGCAUAACAGUCUUAAUCUAUAUAAUGCGCAUUUAAAAGUUAUAACUGCUGCUUACAAAAUUCAACAUGCAAUUUAUUAUCUAGUUCAAAUCAAAAUUUUUCGGGAGUUGACAUAAAUGGAAACUGUUUAUCCAGGUCAUAAAAUGUUAUGUCUUCAAAUAUAUUGAAGUGUGCAGAUUAUCAUUGCAAAUAUUCAACUAUUUUCUCGUAGUAAGCGUGUUAUCUUUUAAACGGUACAGCAGGGUUAGUUGGAUCGGAUUCUUCAUAAAAUUGCUUAAAUUUGAAUUAGAAAUAAGCGACUCAAUGUGCUUAAUUGCCAGCUUUUUGUUUGGAUAGUAAUACACAAACAUGUUAAUAAACUGUAGAUUAUGGACAAGUUGGUAAUGGAUGCUCUUUAAACGGUUUUUGUAAAACAUUAUCACUUUAAUAAUAUGUUGGUAGAGAUACUAAUAAUUAGUGCUUAACAGUAAAUUAAACAGCUUAAAGUGGUACUGUUGAUAAAUGUUUAAAUGAUCCAUAAAAUAUUUGUUUAACAAAUGACAAGAAAUAAUGUAUCUUGUAUCCUUAGUCGUCAUAUUAUUUAGGGUUUAUUCAAAGCACUGGAAUUUGUGCUUAAUAAGGUUAUAAAACUUCUACUUAGGCUCUUUAAAGUAAAUUUAUCAUUUAUGAUAGGUUUCAAAAGUUCAAUGCUUUAAAAUUAAAAAAUAGCUAUUGUUAAUUUGAACAAAGGAUAUUGCUAAGAUAAUUAAUUUAUAAUUUAAUAAUUGUUACCUCCAAAUGUUGGUAGAGAUUCAGUAAACUAAUUAUGCCUCUAAGAAACAACAGAGUCAUCAUAAAUUGA